AUGACAACAGAAAUUGAUGCUCACACACAGCCUGCUCCAGGGCUGAAGACAGACUACGGUAGUGUUGAGGAACCUUCUGGAUGCUGUUUCCUGAUGGAGGCGAUGUUCCUCCUGAGUCGGCAGACCCCCCAUCACUUAUGCCACGAGAUACGAGACUUAUCCAACAGACAUCUUAAACCUGUUCUACAGUUCUGCUUCCUGAUAUUCAUCGUCACGGCAACAGGUACCUGCCAAUCAAACUAUACUUUCCCUUACUCUUACGCCUACAAUUACUCUCACGAUUACUCCUACAAUUACUCCUACGCUUACACCUACAACUACUCUUACGGUUACUCUUGCGGUUACUCCUACAAUUACUCUUGCGGUUACUCCUACAAUUACUCUUACGCUUACACCUACAAUUACUCUCACGAUUACUCCUACAAUUACUCCUACGCUUACACCUACAACUACUCUUACGGUUACUCUUGCGGUUACUCCUACAAUUACUCUUGCGGUUACUCCUACAAUUACUCUUACGCUUACACCUACAAUUACUCUCACGAUUACUCCUACAAUUACUCCUACGCUUACACCUACAACUACUCUUACGGUUACUCUUGCGGUUACUCCUACAAUUACUCUUGCGGUUACUCCUACAAUUACUCUUACGGUUACUCCUACAAUUACUCUUACGCUUACACCUACAACUACUCUUACGGUUACUCUUGCGGUUACUCCUACAAUUACUCUUGCGGUUACUCCUACAAUUACUCUUACGCUUACACCUACAAUUACUCUCACGAUUACUCCUACAAUUACUCCUACGCUUACACCUACAACUACUCUUACGGUUACUCUUGCGGUUACUCCUACAAUUACUCUUGCGGUUACUCCUACAAUUACUCUUACGGUUACUCCUACAAUUACUCUUACGCUUACACCUACAACUACUCUUACGGUUACUCUUGCGGUUACUCCUACAAUUACUCUUGCGGUUACUCCUACAAUUACUCUUACGCUUACACCUACAAUUACUCUUACGCUUACACCUACAAUUACUCUCACGAUUACUCCUACAAUUACUCCUACGCUUACACCUACAACUACUCUUACGGUUACUCUUGCGGUUACUCCUACAAUUACUCUUACGGUUACUCCUACAAUUACUCUUACGCUUACACCUACAACUACUCUUACGGUUACUCUUGCGGUUACUCCUACAAUUACUCUUGCGGUUACUCCUACAAUUACUCUUACGCUUACACCUACAAUUACUCUCACGAUUACUCCUACAAUUACUCCUACGCUUACACCUACAACUACUCUUACGGUUACUCUUGCGGUUACUCCUACAAUUACUCUUGCGGUUACUCCUACAAUUACUCUUACAGUUACUCCUACAAUUACUCUUACGCUUACACCUACAACUACUCUUACGGUUACUCUUGCGGUUACUCCUACAAUUACUCUUGCGGUUACUCCUACAAUUACUCUUACGCUUACACCUACAAUUACUCUUACGCUUACACCUACAAUUACUCUUACGGUUACUCCUACAAUUACUCUUAUGGUUACUCUUACACUUAG